AUAAAAUAAUCGCGGUAUUAAGAAACAGAGAAGCUAGGGUGAGAAAGAACGAAGGGGCAACAAUGGCGUCCGAGGGCUGCUGCCUGUUCUUAGAGAUCAUCCUCGCUAUCCUUCUACCGCCGCUAGGGGUCUUCCUCCACUAUGGAUGCUGCAGUCUGGAGUUUUGCAUCUCCGUCCUCCUUACUAUUCUCGGGUACAUCCCGGGUAUGAUCUACGCCAUCUAUGCGAUCACCGUUGACAAUCCUGAUAGACACCGGCGAGACUAUUACGAACCGAUCGUCGCUUAGGUUUGACGAUGCUGGUUCCUCGACCUUCAUCUGUUGAGGAGUUUGUCUUUUCCCCUUUUUCUGUUUUUGUAACUAUGGCGAUUUGCCUUUGAUUGUUGUUCGUAUUAAAACUUAAUGUAGAAGUUUACCGUUGUUAUCUUUCGUUGACACGGUUGAAUGGAAUAUCGUAUUAUGUUUGACUUGAA